AUGACAGCUUCCGAGAAUUUGGUCGAAGGCAGUUCCGCCUUAGCUGACAUAGCUGUGCCAAUUGUUUCAAUUCCCACGCCCGAAAGAGUCUCGCAGCAGAACGACCACAUUGACCCUUCCAACGAUGAGCGUUUAAGGUUGCUCGCCUCAGAAGCACAGGGCUCAACACCGAUUGAUGGUGAUGCCAACCAUCAUGGCCUUCCGGAGGGUCGGAGAUUUCUCCGGGGCCCUCCCAGCCAACCACAGCAACGAGAUCGAACUCAAUCCCAGAGCCCUCUGCGACUUCCCAUUCCGACUAUAACCCCCGGUCAGUUAGCAUUUUCCACAAUGCAAUACCUACCGGUCCCCGUAAUUGUUCUCAACAACUUAAAGACGGUAGUGUUGGCAAAUGAAGCUAUGGGUCGUAUGAUGGGCCUAAUAUCUGAGACCACGCCACAAGACGAUGCAACCAUAGCAAUUGAGCGUCUGCGAGGUCAAAGUCUAUCACAAGUAGGAAUUGAUAUGCUGCAAGAUGGCCGGCCUGUUUGGAUAACCUGGGAGUCAUUUCUCGACAGCCUAUUGCAUGAUGUUGCCGUGCGCCCUCCGGUGUUGGAGACGCACAAAGCACACUCCUCACAAGCAGGCCCUGGUGAUGCUACUCCUACUGGAGACACUACGCCAAACUUCAACAGCGAGCCUCACGGGAACUCGCUGAGUACGUAUUCCCAAGGUGCUGUCAUUGAGGUGGUCAUCAGCCGGAAAGGCAUGGGGAAGACGACAUUUGACAAUCGCUACAAGGGAAAGACAUCCGAGUAUCAAGCAUUUGCCAAAAUGAUUGUCACGGUUUGGGAACUUGAAGACAACCAGACCUUUUUUACCUUAACUUUUACAAACACGAAUUCUUUCCCAACGUCACCGCCGAGUACAAAGAAAUCCGUUGCGAAGCCGAGCGUAUUGGAAGCUGCCGACAAACGAACAAUUGCCGUGUCGACCCCUUCGUCAGUUGCAUCAAGUCGCGAUUCGAGCUCGCCCUCAUUUCACAGCCCAGGUAUUGUCACCAUGUCGUCGAGCCCAUUUCCUCCCCUUGGCCCUCCGUCGUUGGCCUCACAUUCAAGCACACCCUCCCUGCUGCAAAAGCUUAUCCUCAUGAAGGAUGCUUUGCUUGACAAUACCCAAAUGCCCAUCUUAGCCAUGUGGAAGGAUGGGAGCGUCACUUUCCCCAACAAAGCUGCAAGGCAACUGCUUCCAACCGAUGCCGAUCUAGAUACCUGUGCCGACGGUCUCGAUCUUGUAGAAAAGUGGGAGCUCUGGGAUGAAAAUUUCAGCCGAAAGCUAGAUGUCUGCGAAUACCCCAUCUGUGUUCUCCUUCGUACCGAACGCCCAUUUGACAGCAUGCGGAUUGGGUUGCUUGACCGCGAUGGGAAGAAGAUUGUGCACGAUGUGCUUGGUGAAGCCAUCCGAGACGACGUGACCGGCGAAUUUUUAGCGGCCGUCGUUACAGGCAGAGAUGUUACAGUUAUGACUGAGGAGAUAUCGCAAAUAAAAGAGCGGGACGACGAACGCUUCAAGCUAAUUUGCGAUACAAUGCCACAACUAGUUUGGACAGCGACCCCUGAUGGACUACACGACUUCUUCAACACUCGGUGGUACACAUAUACAGGUCUCACUCCGAAAGAAUGCCUCGGAAUGGAAUGGCAAAUGCCAUUUCACCCAGAUGAUAGACCAGGCGCGCUGGCUCGAUGGAAACGCUCUCUAGAAACAGGCGAGCCAUAUGUAAUGGAAUACCGUUGCCGAAGCAAAGAGGGCGAAUGGAGAUGGUUUCUCGGCCGUGCCUUAGCAGUGAGAAACAAGGAUACAGGUGACAUCGAGAAGUGGUUUGGUACAUGUACCGACGUUCAUGAGAGUAUUGAGACCAAGUUCAAUGCCAAACGCACCCGCCAACAUCUAUUGAGUGUAAUUGCUCACUCUCAGGUCACAAUCUUCAGUGUAGACCCGAAUCGUUGCGUGACUAUGCUUGAAGGAGCUUUGAUCUGGAAUAACACGUAUGAAGAUAAUCACGACUCGAGCCGCUGGUACAUUGGAGAGAAUAUGUACACCGUUUUCAAUCGGCUUGUCGACCAACUCCCAGAAGGCGAGCAGCUCGAGUUUCUCCAACCCAUUGAGGACAUCUUGCAGGGUAUGACUACGGAAGAUGUCAAAGAACACGGUCUAGAUGGCCGCUGGUAUCGCACGCGAUUCCUGCCCAUGCAUGCGAAAAAGACACACAACGGCAAGACAACCAAUGACAGCAUCAUAGAAGGAGUCAUUGGCGUUAUCAUGGAUGUCACUGAGCUGCGGGACAGGGAAGAGGCCCUACUGAAACAAUCACGCGAGAAGCGAGAGGCCGUAGCGAACGAGGCUGCCGCCAAGGAAGCCAAUAGAUUGAAGAGCCAAUUUUUGGCCAACAUGUCUCACGAGAUCCGAACACCCAUUACAGGCGUGCUAGGUAUGGCUGAACUGCUUGGCGAUAUGGAUUUGGAUGAAGAGCAAAAGGAUUACGUCGACAAUAUUCAGAGCUCAGCCACCUCUCUAUUAACGGUUAUCAACGACAUUCUUGAUUUUUCCAAAGUCGAGUCUGGGCGACUGGAUGUAGAAGAAGUCCAAUUCUCUUUGUCGCUCGUUGUCAAAGAAGUCGUGCGAAUGCUUCAGUUUGCCGUAGAGCGAAAGGAUCUCGAUUUCCAGUCGGACAUUGGGAGUGACAUUGAAAACGAUAUGGUCGUAAUCGGUGACCCGGGGCGAGUACGACAGAUCAUUACGAACCUAUUGACGAACAGUAUAAAAUUCACAAAUCAAGGAUAUGUAAGGUUUUCCGUCACCACGGAGACUGAGACGUCGGAUUCGAUCAAUAUCAAAUUCGUCGUCGAGGACACUGGUAUCGGCAUUCAAGAAGACGUACGGAAGAAACUUUUCCAACCUUUCAGUCAAGGGGAUGCCUCUACAGCCCGGCGUUUUGGCGGGACUGGACUGGGACUCACCAUUUGCAAAAAUCUUUUGGACCUGAUGCACGGAAGCAUUACCUUGGAAUCCACGGUUGGUAGCGGAACCAAGGCUGUCUUCUGGAUUCCAUUCAACAAACCCAAUGGGCCGAGGCAGUCUCAUCCAGUUCAGAGCGGGGCGAUUCCGGAUAGGUUGCAGUCCGACUUGAGUUUAUCUUGCAACAGUUCUGAAUAUGAUCAGGGUCAGGGAACUUCGACAAGCUCUGAAGGUGUUGCAGUCUUCUCAUCGAUGCCUCGCCGUCGCCUCUCCGUGCGAACGCCUCCUAGCGUUGACCAGGAUAUGCCUCGAACAGAGCGCGCCAAAAUGCACAUCCUGGUUGUCGAGGACAACCCGGUAAACCAGAAGAUUGCUAUUAAAACAAUCCAGAAACUUGGUUUCCAGGUCACUGCGGCAUGGAACGGCAAAGAGGCUUUGGAGUACCUUACGGUCACCUCUCGCGGCCAAAAUACGAAGCCAGACAUGAUCCUUAUGGAUGUCCAAAUGCCAAUCAUCGAUGGGUACAAAUGCACCCACGUUUUGCGAUAUCACUCCCCUUACAAGACACUGCUGCAAGACGUUCCAAUUGUGGCCAUGACUGCGUCUGCCAUCCAUGGUGACCGGGAAAAGUGCAAUAAAGCUGGGAUGGACGACUAUUUAGCCAAACCAGUGACAAUGAAUAUACUUGAAAGAAUGCUGGUACGGUGGUGUCUCGCGAGACGCAAGGUACCGGGGAAUAGAGAGGCACGCUCGAACUGCUCGCAGGGGAGCGGACGUUGUGAUACCGCAGGAAUUCCUCAAGUUGGACAUGAAGGAGCCGGCGACGGAUCCGAGAAAAUGGUGGGAGAAGAAUUCCAAAGCAGUCUUACGACACCGAAACCUCUAACAAGUGCCAACGGACAGCCCGAGCCCUCACCGUUUGAUUCCCCUGUGGCACCUGAGUUGAAUGUGCAGAUCAGGCGUCAGGAAGAGGAGCAGGAAUUGUCUAGCAUGUUGCAAGAGAACAAGUUGAUCGACGCUGCAGGCGGACCGUCGUUCUAUCACACUCCGUCAUUUCAAGAACCAAGCCCUGGAGAGGCAUUAACAGAAGAGAAUAUGCAGAAGCUGAAGAGCGAGACCAGUAAUUUUGAGCAGUAG